AUGUCUGACAUCACUUACAAGGUUGUGGGUAAAACCGCAAUCAUCUCCCUAAACAACCCAAAAAAGUUCAACAGCUUGACCCAGGCCCAAUACCGCCGUCUCGAACAGCUCAUGCAACUUGCAGCCCGUGAACCCUCCACCACUAUCACUCUACUCCAAUCUUCUGGUAAAUUCUUUUCCGCAGGUGCAACCGUCGACCCUAAAGGUGUGGACUCUGACAAAAUCGUUCUCAAGUUCCUCGAAGAUCCCACCGACCCAGCCAUAGUCUCAAACUUUCUGCGCUCCCGUGUCAAUUACUCAUAUGGAUUUGGCGCUCGUAACUUUACAAUUACACAUACCUUCUUCUCUCACCCAAAAGUCUUUGUCGUCGCCCUCAAUGGCCCUGUCAUUGGCCUUUCCGCUGCAAUUGUAGCCCUCGCGGACUUUGUUAUUGCUCGCGACUCCGCUUACCUUCUCACCCCUUUUGCUAACCUCGGCCUCCCCCCAGAGGGUGGCACCUCCUACUCUCUUCGCAGCAGACUCGGUCAUUCUCUUGCAAGUGAGCUUCUUCUGGCCUCUUCCCCCGUCCAAGCUGCUGAUCUCUACCGUGCUGGCUUUAUCAACACCCUCGUUUCUACAAAAGAAUACUCGGAUGUUGACAAAUUUAACGAAUACGUUCUCAAGUGGAUUGAAGGAAAGUUUUACUCCCUACACGAUGAAAGUCUAACAAUCUCAAAGGCACUCAUGAAGCGUGCUCAGGAAACUGACUUUUUAGAAGUCGAACAUGAUGAAGUCAUUGCAGGUGUAAACAUGUUUGCAAAGGGUUAUCCUCAAGAGCGUUUUGCUGCCUUGGCUUCUGGUAAGCUUAAGCAUAAGUUGUAG